CGUUCCCGAGGUUGCCAAGUGGACUUUUAUUGUUUUCCACCCACUUCCAAGUCGAUACUAUCUGCCGUCUCAUGGCCAUCCUAUAGCCUAUAUAAGCGGUGCGCCGGGGCUGGCGGCGAUGGAGUAAGGUGUUGGAUGCGGAGGGAGCAGAGGGUCGAGAAGGGGGCGGCGAGCCGCCGGCAACCAGGACUCCCCGCCGCUGCCCGGGGGCACGCAGCUCGCCUCGGAGCGGACACGCAGUGAAACAGGGAAGCUCCCGUUCCGUUCCGCCGGCGCGCUCAGCCCGCAGGACAGCCGGCGAUGAGCGGACUGAGGUCUCCUGGGCUGCUGGGGCUGAUGCUCUUGGUGCUCUCGGCUGGAUACUGCAAAGAGAAAACCGACGCCGGGGAUCUGAAGGACAGGCAAAGUCUCUUAAAUCUCAUCAUGGAGAUCAUUCAGGAAUUGAAGAGGUACCGCCUGGAGAAGGACAGUGGGGUGCAGUACUUCUCCAAGCACGACUACGGCUUGGAUCGCAGGGAAGUGGCUGACUACGGAGGAUACCAGGAUGAGCAGAGAGUUGAAAUAGUUCCCAGAGAUCUGAGGAUGAAAGACAAGUUUUUAAAGCACUUAACAGGUCCACUCUACUUCAGCCCAAAAUGCAGUAAACACUUUCAUCGGCUUUACCACAAUACAAGGGACUGCACCAUCCCAGCCUACUACAAAAGAUGUGCCAGGCUUCUUACUCGGUUGGCAGUAAGCCCAAUGUGCAUGGAGGGAUAAGGUACUGUUACCAUUACAAGAAACAUCAAGAAUCAAGAGAAGUGCCUUGGAAACCAACAGGGAAAUAGAACUUAUUACCUUUAUAACAUAUUCCAUUGUGAACAAGAGAUUUAUUUUUGCAAAUUGACUACUUCCCAUAAUUCUUUUAACACGUAUUUUGUAUGUUGUCAAGUUUGCAGAUUGACAUUCUCUUUACAGUAGCGUAACUGCCAGUAAUACAUAAUGUUCCAUACUUAAAAACACACCACAAAUGAUGUGUAAUGCUGCCAAAAAUUACAUAAACACAAAUAUUUCACCGAGAAAAUUGAUGUUCUAUUGCUUAAUUCUACAGUUUUAAGGAAUGUUUGUUAGUACACUUAGAACUACUAAAGAUCUUCUCCACAGUAGUUGUGGUCACUUGAUAUCCUUCAUGCUUAUGCAAAUUUUUUAAAGUUUGGUUAAAACAAACUUGCAUUGGGGUCACAUUGUACCCUGGGAGUACUAAUUGCAUGACAACCAGAAAUGUAAUUCCAAGUAGAAAUAUUUUUGGGGACAGUGGAGCAUGGAUUUUGUACACAAACACAAGCUGCCAUUAAUUUACUUUAUAUAAUAAAAGUAUAAAACAUUCCAGCUAAUGUGCAAUAUGUAAAUAAUGUAAAUAACAUGCAUAAGUAAUAAAGUGUUUGGUAUUAAGUUGUCCUCCAUUUGCUUUCUGUUCACUGAAUCUGAUAAUCGGAUGCUAUUUGCAGGUAGCUACUAUCAUUUAUCCACACGUAAGUCUCUUUCCAAUGAUAAUUUGCUUCAUUAAGAAAGAAAGGAACACCCACCUUGGAGAAGUUCAGUACUUUGGACUGUGGAUUUCUGAGAACUGCCAGAUCUUUGCAUUAAAAUCUCACGAAAUGCUCAGACCACAAGGCUGCUCCAACUUCAUACAGAAUUCUGAAUUUCUUUUUCAUGACAAAUGGUUGUUUCAAACCAAAUCCCUGCACAGUGCUUGAUCGAUAGCCAGGUGCUGUAGGACUGUCUAUUCACACAAUACCCAUAAUAGGGAUUUUAAAUUAGUGUGAUUAUUUUGGUUUGCAGUAGGACUGAAAUCUGGUUAAAUCAGAAUUUUCCAGAAAAAAAGCACCAUAAAAGGAAAAUGGUAAUCUAUUUAGCGGCUUCAUAAAUUAAAUUCAGUGGAAGGU